CUCUGGACCUUUUUGCACAGACUGGCCCGACAAUUUAUAUACACAACAACACAAACAACACAAACAAUAAACACAACCCUUUUCUAAGAUCUCAUUUUCUAAACAUGUCUGAUUCAGAUUCAUCAGAAGGAGAGAUGGGUGGAAUGUUUGACUUGCCUAAAGACUACAGUCCACCUCCUCCAGAGCCCUCCUUUGAAACCUUUACCCGUGCUUGCAAUGAUAAAGAACCACAAGCGAUCAAACUUCGUCUAGUUGGCUCUCACCCACUUUGGGGACAUCAUCUGUGGAACGCUGCAAAAAUGUUUGCAAAUUGGUUAGAUAACCGUCCAGAACACUGCCUUGGCAAGAAUGUGCUCGAAUUGGGUGCCGGAGCUGCCUUACCAAGCUUUGUCGCAGCUGUCAAUGGCGCUUCCAAGGUGGUCAUUACGGACUAUCCAGAUAGCGACCUCAUUUCCAACAUCCAAUACAAUGCUGAACAAAAUGUACCAAAGCAAAUUCAGGAAGGCAAAGUGAUUGUUCAAGGAUACCUAUGGGGAUCCAAUACUCGCCCCUUGCUCGCCCAUCUUAACCCGUCCUCGUCUUCUACUUCUACAUCAGCGACCACAGAACCAGCAACAUCAUCAUCAACACCAGUGGCACCAUUAGCUGAACCCAAAGAACUCUUUGACACAAUCAUUUUGUCCGAUCUUCUCUUCAACCACUCACAACAUCGCUCUAUGCUCAAGACCUGUAAAGAAACUCUCAAACCAGUCACGGGACGCGUCUUUGUGUUCUUCACGCAUCAUCGCCCUUGGCUUGCACAUGCAGACAACAAGUUCUUUGAGAUCGCAGCUGCACCAGUGAUUGACCCCAAAGAAGGAGCAGAGUCUUCAGAUGAUGAAAAAGAUCUUGGUGGAUUCGGUUUCAAGGUUGAGAAGGUGUUGGAAGAGAAGAUGACUCCCAUGUUCUUGGAAGACCCGGGUAGUGAGGAAGUGCGCGCUACAGUACAUGGAUACGUUAUGUGGUUGGAAUAAGCUUUUUUCUUCCUUUAUUCUCAUAUAGACUGGAUUAUUUUGCAUAAAAAAAUGUACUAUGUAUUAUUAUAAUCUAAUAUUUAUUGUUCUAAAGACGUUUACAAACUUAUGAGCAAGCAUUAUGAGACCCACUCACUCACUCGUCCAUCGAAUAUUCCUCUUCAAUUCGCUUCACAAAUUCGACCAUGAGGUCAUGGCGCUUCUC